CCCGGAGCCACUGCCCAGUGAGCCAGGGGACUCUGACCGCCAGACCCACGAGCAAGCAUGUCGGAGCGGCCGGCGACCAGCUUUGUGGGCAGGAGGGCCGUGCCCCAGAACACCUCCAACGAGGCCGAGGACGCCCGCCCCACGGUGGAACUGCAGGGCCUGACGCCCCGGGGCUUCAACCCGCAAGACUACCUGCACGUCACGGCCGUGCACCUGUUCAAGGAGAGCUGGGACAGCAACCGGCUGGAGCAUCACACGGACAGGUACGACAGCGACAAGCUCAUCGUGCGGCGGGGACAGUCCUUCCUCAUGCAGGUGGACUUCGACCGGCCCUACGAGCCCGGCCGCGACUUCUUCAGGGUGGAGUAUGUCAUCGAGGACGCCGUGUACCUGGAUGACGACAGGCAGCGGGAGGAGUACGUGCUCAAUGACCUGGGCGUCAUCUUCUACGGCGACGCCGGCGACAUCAAGGGCCGCAGCUGGAGCUACGGGCAGUUCGAGGACGGCAUCCUGGACGCGUGUCUGUACCUGAUGGACAGAGCGAACAUGGACCUCUCUGGCCGCGGGAACCCCGUGAAGGUCAGCCGCGUGGGCUCGGCCAUGGUCAAUGCCAAGGACGACGAGGGCGUGCUGGUCGGGUCCUGGGACAACAUCUACGCCUACGGCGUCCCGCCGUCCGCCUGGACGGGCAGCACUGACAUCCUGCUGGAGUACCGCAGCUCCAAGAAGCCCGUCCGCUACGGCCAGUGCUGGGUCUUCGCUGGCGUCUUCAACACGUUUCUGCGCUGCCUGGGCAUCCCGGCCAGGGUCAUCACCAACUACUUCUCGGCGCACGACAACAACGCCAACCUGCAGAUGGACAUCUUCUUGGAGGAGGACGGCAGCGUGAGCUCCAGGCUCACCAAGGACUCCGUGUGGAACUACCACUGCUGGAACGAGGCAUGGAUGACCAGGCCCGACCUGCCCGUGGGGUUCGGAGGAUGGCAGGCCGUGGACAGUACCCCGCAGGAGAACAGCGACGGGAUGUACCGAUGUGGCCCAGCGUCCGUCCAGGCCAUCAAGCACGGCCACGUCUGCUUCCAGUUUGACGCACCCUUCAUCUUUGCAGAGGUCAACAGUGACCUCAUUUACAUUACGGCUAAGAAGGACGGCACUCAAGUAGUAGAGGCGGUCGAUACCGCCCACAUUGGGAAGUUGAUCGUGACCAAACAAAUUGGAGGAGAUGGUAUCAUGGAUAUCACCGAAACCUACAAAUUCCAAGAAGGUCAGGAGGAGGAGCGGCUGGCCCUGGAGACUGCCCUGAUGUACGGGGCCAAGAAGCCCCUCAAGACGGAGCAUGCGGGCCUCGCACGGACGGACGUGGACAUGGACUUCCAGGUGGAGAGCGCCGUGCUGGGCAGGGACUUCAUGGUCAUCAUCACCUUCCAGAACGGCAGCUCCCACCGCUACACCCUCUCGGCCUACCUGUCGGGCAGCGUCGUCUUCUACACUGGCGUCCCCAAGGCGGAGUUCAAGAACGAGACCUUCGAAGUCGCCCUGGAGCCACUGUCCUCCAAGAAGCACAAGGUGCUGGUCACGGCGGGCGAGUACAUGGGCCAUCUGCUGGAGCAGGCGACCCUGCACUUCUUCGUCACGGCGCGGGUCAGGGAGACCAAGGACAUCCUGGCCAAGCAGAAGUCUGCCGUGCUGGCCACCCCCAAGGUCGUCCUCAAGGUCAGUGUCCACAUCAACGCAAGGGAGCCGGGCGAGUUGUUCCUGUGACAUGCAGGCUGUGUGUGCGUGUGUGCGUGCUCGUGUGUC